GGAGCAGGCUCACAAUUUUUUUCACAGCGUAGGCGUACCGUUGCUCGUCACCUGCCCUGGCACACAUUUCUGGCACCUCUGACGCUGUGCCGCCGACGACCAGUGGUCGAAGACGUGGCUUGACUCGUGUUUGAGUAACCUGCUCUCCGAGCAGCCUGAGAGCAAGCGGAGCUGCCGGCGACGUGGCUUGACUCUCCCACUCCACUCUACGGAUGCGCAGGAUCGCAGCAAUCCUCGUCGUCGCGAGGCGCGCCGCGGCGCUGCAACGACCGCCGGUGCGAAGACGCAUGGCCGCGAAACCGCUCAAGGCCGCCGUCGAGGUCGAGGAAAAGUUCGCGGCGAGCAUCGAACCGGAGGCCCUCGAGAAACGAGUCAGGGAGCUCGGCGGCGAAGUUCUAAGGACCGUGGAAUUCUACGACGAAUACUUCGACACUGAUGAUUUAAAGCUGACGACGCGCGACACGUGGCUGCGCCGGCGGGACGGCGCCUGGGAGCUGAAAAUACCUGCCGAGGCGCGGCGACAGGCGACGGGCGGCGAGACGACGGCGUUCCGGGAGAUCGAGGACGUCCCCGCGAUUGCGGCGGAGCUCGCGUCGUUGGGUGUCGCGGGCUUUCCCGACGACACCACCCUAAAGCCCUUCGCGGCGUUCGGGACGCGCCGGGACAAGUAUGCACUGAAUGAGGUCUCGGUCGACGUCGACGCGGCGUCGUACGGCCACUCGAUCAUGGAACUCGAGGUGAUGACCGACGGCACAGAGGGCGACAUCGAGCGCGCGAGAGGGCUCAUCGCGGCGGCGGCGGUCGACCUGGGCUGCGAGAAGCUCGGCGAAACGGGCGGCAAGCUCGAGACUUAUUUAAGGCGGUUCUGCCCGAGGCACGCGGAGGCGCUCGGGUUCCUGUGAAGUAUCGCUUCGCCGUCACACGGGCGGCUCGCGUCGACGGCGUCGGGGGCGCGUCUACAGUCUAAUACUAGUACAAAG